GUACAGAAGUUCUCUCAGCUUCCGGCCGCCAGCUUGGAAAAGAGUAAUGGCUAAACAUCAUCCAGAUUUGAUUUUCUGCCGCAAGCAGGCUGGUGUAGCUAUCGGAAGACUGUGUGAAAAAUGUGAUGGCAAAUGUGUGAUCUGUGAUUCCUAUGUGCGACCAUGCACCCUGGUUCGUAUAUGUGAUGAGUGUAACUAUGGGUCUUACCAGGGCCGGUGUGUGAUUUGUGGAGGUCCCGGAGUCUUGGAUGCCUACUAUUGUAAAGAGUGCACCAUUCAGGAGAAGGAUAGAGAUGGUUGCCCAAAGAUUGUCAAUUUGGGGAGCUUUAAAACAGACCUGUUCUAUGAACGAAAAAAAUACGGCUUCAAGAAGAGGUGAUGGGUGGGCGGCUCCUUCCUCCCACAUCAAGCUGUUGCAGCUGCCAGAAAAGACACCCACUACCACCAGCAGAGAGACCGGAGCCCAGCGUGUCACCAGAACAGCCCACUAGAGCUAGUGUCCUGACCCCUGACCCCUGCCUUUCCUCACCAUGCUGGUGGGGAUGAAAGGGGGGUCUUGACAGAGCGCUCUAGCAGACUGAAGACAAAUUGCUAGGUUAGUUCAUAGUUUGUUUUGUUCUAGUUGGAGAAGCAAGGCUCUGCUCUCUACUUUGCUAGAUUCUCUCCACACCAAAAGCUUCAAAACAAGUCUUCUGUCUGCGGCCUUGACAAUGAAGCCACUGCAGGCAAAGCAUGGCCUUGCAGCAGCUGUGAUGGUGGUGGUCUUCUGUGACCCUCAGUGGGCCAGGAGCCAUCAGAACAGUAAUGUGAUAUAACACUUCCCGGGUGGUGCUUGUUUCAUGUUUUUUUCCUACUUAGAAAUUGGAAGUUUCUGUUGUUCUAAUAAAGUUGGUGUGUAUUUU